AUGGCAGGCACUCAGGACCCAUCCUCGCUGGAGGAAAUCUUAUGGCGAUCUCCGUCGCAUGUCCAGAUGAUGGGCGGAUACCUCCAUUCAAACAAUAUCCUCUUUUACUUCGCCGAGUCUCCCUUUUUCGACGCAACCUCGAACAAUGCCUCGUUAGCCAUUCAAGCAAACUACAAUGAAGCCUUUCGUCAUUUUGUUGAAACAAGGGAAGCCUUCGAGGCCCGACUGAAGACUAUGCAGGGUCUGGAGUUCAUGGUUGCCUAUGACCCAUUGCAGGCUGCUGCAGGCGCGAACGCCCAAUUUGUGCACGAACCGUCCAACGUGUGGGUAAUUCGGAAACAGACAAGGCGGAAGAGGUCCGGGUUUGAGGACGAGGUCGUGGUUCUGGCUACGUUCUUUGUGGUCGGGGACUGCAUUUACAUGGCCCCUUCAGCUGCGAGCGUGAUAGGGAACAGAAUAGUAUGCCUUGUUGCCUUGAGCGUUUCACGAUCAGCUAUUGUUGCAGAGCUAAUAGCCGUCAAGCUUUCAGCAGUGACCUCUCUUACGAGUUUGCUCAAAACUGCAUCAACAUUGCCCAAAUUCACUCCCUCGCACGGGCACACAUACCUCCCACCGGCGCCCAAAUCAACAGAUGUUAGUCAUCCGAGCGUUCAGUCGCAAACAAGCAAAGAGAACACACCAAUGCCCGACGCCGAUGCCACAAACAAGUCACAGUCCUUCACUGGAUCACAGAAUAGUUCUGGCCCGGCAGUUUAUGACAUGCGAUCCCUCGCAGAAUCGUUUAGCCUUGUAGCGCGGUAUGGAGACGAGUUCAUGGACGAGAGCCCCUUGAUGGGAGAACCGGGAUCCUUUAUCCUGUCUAGGCCCGGGGACGCAGAUCGAGGCGCAGCCCCGAAGCAGUCACAACCUUCAAGCACAAACGCGGGAGGCCGAGUUGGAACGCCGCUAGCUAAGGUUGACACGCCGGGCAAAUUAUCGGAUAAAAACAGUGCUGCAGAGGAGCCCAAGCUGCGGAAGAAAAAGAGCAAACCGGCGAGUUAG